GUGCAGUCGCUUCUUUCCCAAAUGUUCCACUUGGACUUACAGGUGCACAAAUUAUCCCUGCUCGAAAUGUUGCUAAAGAUUGGACAAUAGCAGGAGGACACCCAACUAAUGCAGUACCAGUUGUACCAAAUGCUAGAGGAGGUGUUUCUAUUAUUCUAGCAGGAAUACGAUCUGGACAAAGGCUUUCGUAG